AUGGCUGAGGACGUUGCUGACAUGACUGACGAUGUCCCUGAUCUGGCUGCGGAGGCACCUGAGAUGCGUGGGGACAUACAGGGUGUUGAUGAUGCUCAAGGGUCAGAUGCUGAUGAUGCUACUGAGGGAUUCCCUGGUGGGCCACGUGACCCGUCAGUACUGACAUCAUUUGUGGACCAUGUUGCACAUGCUGUUUGGAGUGGACAGAGGUGGCACGGUGAGACCAGCACCUUCCACCUUCCGGUAGGAGAGUUGACGAUCACAUUGGAUGAUGUGUCGUCACUCCUUCAUUUGCCCAUCACUGGCGCGUUGCACAGUUUCCAUGCUCUUUCUACGGAGGAGGCCAGAUUUUUGCUGACAGAGUUGCUCGAGGUGUCUGCCGAGGAGGCUAGAGCCGAGACAGCACUGACUCGUGGGGCAUAUGUACGACUAGGAUGGAGUGCAACAUACGUGCAUGUGGUUCACCUUGACGCUUUCCGGGACCUCGCUCAGAGUGGUGGUUAUGCUUGGGGAGUUGCUGCGUUGGUUCAUAUGUAUGACCAGUUAGAUGAAGCUUGUAGGACCACCACACGAUAG